UGCGCACUUCUUCGCAGCCUUCAGCCUAAUGACAGCAGGAAACCAAGAAAAGGGUUGACGAAUGUGUUGUUGUUUUGAGCCAAAGCAGAUUGCAUGGGUGCAGUGUAACAGCAGGGGGAUGUUGCAAUCUGUUUGUCACCACUGACUUCUGCAUUGUGAGACUGGCAAUAGAGUGACUGUAGGUCUGUGUGAGUGGCCGUCAUGUCUACAGCCUGUCCCCCGCAGUCUCCUGGUGUGGCUAAGACUGAAGUGCUGGUAGAGGACUGGUGUCCCGUGCUGGCUGCAACCUUCGCUUACUGGGACAACAUCCUGGGACCUCGUGUACAGCACAUCUGGGCCCCCAAAGGUCAGGGGUUGUCGCUUCUCAGUGAUGGAGAGGUCACGUUUCUGGCCAAUCACACGCUGAACGGUGAGAUUUUGCGAAGUGCGGAGAGUGGCGCAGUGGAUGUGAAGUUCUUCGUCUUGGCAGAAAAGGGAGUUAUCAUAGUCUCGCUGAUAUUUGACGGAGAACUCAAGGGUGAUAAGAACACUUGUGCGCUGUCAAUCAUCCUGCCGCAGUCAGAGCUAAGCUUUUACCUGCCACUGCACAGUGUGUGUGUGGAGAGACUCAAACACAUCAUCCGCAAGGGACGCAUCUGCAUGCAGAAGGGUUACAACAUAAUCUCUGUGUUGUCAUCUGAGAUUGUUCCCAUAAUGGAGCUUCUUACCUCCAUGAAGAAACACAGUGUACCAGAGGAAGUGGAUCUAAAGGACACUGUGCUCAAUGAUGAUGAUAUUGGAGACAGCUGUCACGAAGACUUUUUACACAAGGCUAUCAGCUCUCAUCUUCAGACUUGUGGCUGUUCCAUGGUGGUUGGCAGCAAUCCUGAGAAAGUCAAUAAGAUCGUGCUCACGCUGUGCCUCUUCCUCACUCCUGCGGAGAGGAAGUGCUCUCGGCUGUGUCACCCCGACGGCUCGUUUAAAUAUGACACCGGCCUCUUUGUUCAAGGCCUCCUUAAGGACUCCACAGGCAGCUUUGUGUUGCCCUACCGGCAGGUGCUCUACUCCUUGUACCCCACCACCCACAUCGACGUGGACAUUAACACGGUCAAGCAGAUGCCACCCUGCCACGAGCACACAUAUCAUCAGCGGCGCUACAUGCGAGCUGAGCUCAGUGCCCUCUGGAAGGCCGCCAGCGAGGAUGACAUCAGUUCUGACAACCUCAUCAAUGCCCAAGACUCCUACACACCAGACUUGAAUAUAUUUCAAGACGUGAUGCACAAAGACACACUUGUGAAGUCUUUCAUAGAUGAGGUGUUUCUGUUGAAACCAGGUCUGUCUCUGCGGAGUGUGUAUUUGUCCCACUUCCUUCUCCUGCUGCACAGGAAGGCCCUGACACUGCUCAGAUAUAUUGAGGAUGAGACGCAGAAGGGCAAAAAACCUUUCAGAUCUCUACGCAACUUGAAAACUGAUUUGGCCUUAACGGUGGAGGGUGACUUGAAUAUCAUCAUGGCGAUGACGGAGAAGCUCCGGGCAGGCCUUCACUCCUUUGUUUUUGGGAAGUCUUUUCUUACCAGUGUACAGGAACGUGACCUCCUCAUUAACUUCUGACCUCUGAACCCUGUGCUCAUCACACCACAGGACACGCUUGCAUCCUGAAGUUUAUUUUAGUAUAUUUAUUAUGCGCUUUUUCUGAAACAACACCUGCUGCUGAAAUGUCAACUGAUUCACACAUGCUUUAAAAUAAUGAUAACCUGCUUAGUGAUGCUGAUGAAUUCAUAUUUGUGUGAAGAAGAUUUCGUGCAUAUGAGAUUCUUGAAUGGGAGUAUUUGUACAAUCAAUGUUUGGAUCUCACACUUAAUAGGUUUUUGGUUAACGGCUAACUAACAUAUACCUUCAUUCAUAGCACAAUAAAUUGAUGAUGUGUAACAUGGCAAGGAACAAAGUUGAAGUAAUUUUAAUCCCACUCUUAAGUUUGUCUUCUAUGGACAUCCUCUCAUUUAAAUUGGAACACCAUAAAGUAUUUUAAAAUGUGGUUUAAUUAAAGUAACCUUUACUCUGUAAUAACAUUCACUGGCCUUUUAGCUAUGAUUGUCUGUAGACUUUACAGAUGACAGAUGUGUUACUUUGCAGAACCCUAUUUACUGGGAGACUUUUCUUUGUUCCUUUACUUGAGUCUAACAAACUAAGCUAACGGUUAAUUAAAUGGCUUAUACCUUUGCAUCUGGCUUGGGGCAUGAAUAUAGGAAAGCUGGUGGAAAUGUGGGAAAAGUGAAGUGCAACUUGACUCAUAAGGCCAAAUCUCUGGUGUACAAUGUGCAAGGAAGUCAGCAAAUAACAGGAAGGGCCCCAUAGACAUCUUGCUUUCAUUUUGAAGUGUUCUUCCACAAGAUAUUACUCCACUGCUAUGUAUGUUAUAUAUCAAACAGGCAGUGCAUUAAUGGAGACUCCUAAUAUUUAUUCAAGACAUAGAUGGAGUUCUGAAUAUUUUGGACUAUUUAUGGAAUCACAAACGGAAGUUUAUUUUAAACUGUGACAUGUAUAUUGAUAUAUUUCAAGUUGUAAAUGUGUUGUGCCUUUUGUUUGUGAAACAUGACUUAUUUGAUUGUGCCUGUUAAAAUAUUUUAAUUAUUCACUGUUCUAAAUAAAGAA